GAAACAUACAAACUCACGCAGCUCGUUGCUCACCUCUCUUUCUCCACUCCUUUGUCUUGAUCUCGAAGCGACAGCUGCACGAUGGCUCACUUGAAGAAGAGAGUAUUUGACUUAGGAAGCCUUGGAAACGUUUCCUUCCUGGACGGUCCUGCUCCAUCGCCAGGAAUCUCGCCCUCAGAUCCUUUUCUUUAUGCCUGUACACGCCUUUUCCUCUCUUUUCCCUUCACUUUGCGUGAUCUUCAAAAAGGAUUCCGCAUUUACGUUUUCGGAAUGGCUUUCUGCUUCCUAUGCUUUACUUCCAUGCCGUGGUUCAUUCGCUCCGUACCCAGGUGUUUGAGUUAUUUUUUCUGGGCCAUGCCAGAUUAACAGUGCUUAUAAUGCAAGUGUUCGUGGUUGUAAGUCUUCGUGAUUUUCAAGGCUGAAAGGAUAUUGGAAGUUUGUUCUGGAAUUUCUUCUCUUAGGAGUUGAGUUGAAAUCUUUAGGUUUGUGACAUGACAUCUGAAUCCCAGUUAGAUGUGGUCAAUGGCCAUGGGCGUGAGGAAUCUGAGUUAAGCCGUUUAAAUGGAGAAGCGGCAUCGGGUGAAAGCGUUAAUGCAGCAUAUACAGUUCUUAAUGAUACCCGUAAACAAGGAAAUGGAUCAAUUAGCAAUACAGUGACAAAUGCAGAACGUAGAACUUUCACUGACAGGUUUUCUAGAUGGAAACGAAGUCCGGAUCAUGAUAGCUUCAAUCUUCUGGUUGAUGGUAAUGAAAAGCGCCUACAUGGAUCGGGAAGACAAUCUGGACCUCUUUUUUCUGGGACAGCUUACUGCAUUUCCUCUUGCAGCAUGAUAUUGCUGAAUAAGAUUGUUCUAUCAAGCUAUAAUUUCAAUGCUGGAAUAUCGCUAAUGUUUUAUCAAAACUUAAUCAGUACUGUUGUUGUUGUGGCAUUGGGACUUUGCCGAGCAGUUUCAGUGGAAAAGUUGAACUGGAAGCUGAUUAGGGUCUGGCUUCCUGUCAAUGUAAUAUUCACUGGAAUGCUUGUAUCCGGCAUGUAUAGUUUGAAGUACAUAAAUAUUGCAAUGGUGACAAUUCUGAAGAACAUGACAAAUAUUUUAACAGCAAUUGGAGAAUUAUAUAUAUUUCGGAAACAUCAGAAUCAAAAAGUGUGGACUGCAAUGUUCUUAAUGAUUAUCUCUGCUGUCAGUGGUGGUAUCACAGAUCUCUCCUUUGAUGCAGUGGGUUAUGCAUGGCAGAUUAUGAAUUGUGUUCUAACAGCAAGCUACUCACUCACCUUGAGGCGAGUCAUGGAUGAAGCAAAAAAAUCAACAAAAUCUGGAUCGCUUAAUGAAGUUUCAAUGGUGUUGCUGAAUAAUUUACUAUCUCUACCUUUUGCUAUCUUCUUGAUCAUACUACUUGGUGAAUGGGAAUAUGUAAUAAAUGUGGAGGUGACUAAAUUGCCAAUGUUUUGGGUUGUUGCCACAGCUAGCGGAUUGCUUGGACUUGCCAUUAGCUUCACCUCAAUGUGGUUCUUAAAUCAAACUAGCCCGACCACUUACAGUCUAGUAGGUUCCUUAAACAAGAUUCCCAUCUCUGUUGCUGGUUUGGUGUUGUUCAAGGUUCCGCUUAGUCUACCAAAUUGCUUCAGUAUACUGUUUGGUCUAUUUGCUGGAAUAUUCUUUGCCAGGGCCAAAUUGUCCCGAUGAUAUAAAGAUUGUAAGCUGUUCAAGUGGCUUCUACCUGAUGAGGAAUUUGUUGAACGCUUGAAAUUAUAAGUUGAAAGCAUGGAAGGUGGGAGGAAAAGUUACACCAUCCGUUUUGACAUGUGCAGCUGCUCUGAUUUCAAGUAUUUGAAUGACGAAGAGAUUCCUAUUUUAUGAAUAUUUGUAUCUAUUUUGAAGAUUGUGUCUGUUGUAAUUUAUUUAUCAUACAUAAAAGUGUCAUAUUAACAUCAUUUUCGAGUUGAUUUGGCAUGUAUUAAUUUCGGGAAAGAACUUUAAUGAGAUAAGUAGUCCUACGUGUACUUACAAUUUUACGUAAAA